AUGGCUACAGAUAUAAGGACCGCGGAGCUAAAGUCUCCAGUGGAUAUUGCGGAGUAUCUUUUCACGCGUCUGCGUCAGCUGGGAAUCAAGUCGAUUCAGGGUGUUCCCGGCGAUUAUAACCUGGUUGCUCUGGACUACAUCCCCAAAUGUGGUUUGAAGUGGGUUGGAAAUUGUAAUGAAUUGAAUGCUGGCUACUCCUCAGACGGUUACGCUCGAAUCAACGGUAUUUCAGCUAUCAUCACGGCCUUUGGAGUCGGGGAAUUAUCCGCCAUCAACGGUCUCGCAGGCGCCUAUUCAGAGCACGUUCCUGUCGUCCACAUCGUCGGUCAACCAAGCACCGUCUCUCAGAGAGAUGCCAUGCUCCUUCAUCACACGCUUGGCAAUGGUGAUUUCAACGUCUUUUCUCAAAUGAGCGCAAGCAUCUCCUGCGUCGUGGCGAAGAUCAAAGACGCAUAUGAAGCUCCCAUCCUGAUCGACCAUGCGCUCCGCGAGUGCUGGAUCCAGAGUCGACCGGUGUACAUUGCUCUCCCGACAGAUAUGGUCCAGAAGAAAGUCGAUGGAGAGCGUCUGAAGACGCCUAUUGAUUUGAAAGAACCGGAGAAUGAUCCCGAGAACGAGGACUAUGCAGUUGAUGUCGUACUGAAGUAUCUCCACGCGGCAAAGAACCCGGUCAUUCUCGUUGAUGCCGGUGCUAUUCGUCACCGCGCACUUGACGAAGUGCAUCGUCUGAUGGAGGUCUCGAAUCUACCUACUUUUGUCGCGCCUAUGGGCAAGGGUGCCGUUGAUGAAACCUUGCCCAACUACGGCGGUGUCUACGCCGGAGAUGGCUCGAAUGAGGGUGUGCGGGAACGAGUCGAAGGCGCAGACUUGGUCCUCAGCAUUGGAGCACUGAAGUCUGAUUUCAACACGGCCGGUUUCACCUACCGCAUCAGUCAGUUGAACACCAUUGAUUUCUACAGUGAUCGGAUCCAAGUCCGAUACUCGCACUACCCGCAAGUCAGGAUGAAGGGUGUGCUCCGUAAGGUGAUCGAGCGGAUGGGCAAGCUGAACCUCCAACCUGGACCAGUCCCCUCGAACAAGGGACCCAAUGGCAACUUGAUCCAUUCGAAGGAUGUCCCCAUCACGCACGUCUGGCUCUGGCCGGCUGUCGGCCGCUGGCUGCGCGAGAACGAUAUCGUCGUUACAGAAACUGGUACUGCGAACUUCGGGAUCUGGGAGACUAGAUUCCCGAAGAACGUUACUGCUAUCAGCCAGGUUCUCUGGGGUAGUAUCGGUUACUCUGUCGGUGCGACUUUGGGAGCUGCUCUGGCGGCCAGUGAACAGGGAAAGCACCGAACCAUCCUCUUUGUCGGAGAUGGCAGUUUCCAGAUGACGGCGCAGGAAGUCAGCACCAUGAUCCGGCAGGAAUUGAACAUUAUCAUCUUCGUCAUCUGCAAUGACGGUUACACCAUCGAACGCUAUAUCCACGGCUGGGAGGAACAAUACAACGACAUUCAACCCUGGAAUAACAAGGACCUCGUUCCUGCCUUUGGUGCCAAAAAGGGCCAUUACAAAACAUACCAAGUUAGAACAGUCAGGGAGAUUGAGGAUCUAUUCGCCAACGAGGAGUUCUCCUCCGCUCCUUUCUUGCAGUUCGUGGAACUCUAUAUGCCCAAAGAUGACGCGCCCAUGUCUCUGAAGUAUACUGCUGAGGCAGCAGCAAAGAGGAAUGCGCAGCCAACGACAGCUAUGGAUGAAGCUUUGCUUCGGCGAUGA